AUGGGAUCCUCCACUUCCAACCUGGCCACUUCAUCGUCACCAAACGCCAUGUCCUCCAAGAUUUCUCAGCUCGUCGACAGCACAAUAGACGAAAACUUUGUGACCGUGUUCAGCAAGUCUUGGUGUCCAUAUUGCAGACGAGCAAAGAAUCUCCUCAACAGCCUCGAGCUCCCAGAAGGCAAAAACAUUCAAGUCCUCGAACUAGAUUUACGCGAUGACGGAAGCCAGAUCCAGUCCUACCUCGCGAGAAAGACGGGCCAGACCACAGUUCCCAACAUUUUUAUCAACCGAGAACAUAUCGGGGGCUCCGAUGAUCUUGUGGAUCUCCACAAGUCGGGCAAACUUGUGAAAUUACUAAAUCAGUAA